AUGCGGCGUUGGGGUAGAGAGACUAGGAACAGUGAUCUGAACCAUAGAAACGGUGUGGGAUUUAUCGUGAGAAAUAAUAUUAAGAAGUCCACCCGAAAUCUUGUUGGGUUUUCGGACAGAAUCAUUCUACUGCAAAGGAAUGCUAGCCCAACAAAUAUAAAUCUUAUCCAGAUAUACGCACCUACAGCAGAUAAACAAGAUGAAGAGGCAGAGGAAUUAUAUGGACAGACACAGGAGGUGCUUCGAUCUUUGAAACCCCAUGAAAUCACGAUAAUCCUCGGCGACUUUAAUGCUAAGGUUGGAAAAGGCAGAGUUGAUGAUGUGGCAGGCGCCUUCGGACUAGGUGAAAGAAACGGACGUGGGGAACUCCUCCUACAUUUCUGUAAAGAGGAGAAUAUGGUCAUAAAGAACACAUUUUAUAAACUUCACCCACAGAGACUCAAACUAAUAUCGGAGAAAAGAACAACAACACAGAGACAUUAUAACAUUGAUAGACUGAGGGAUCCAGCAGUUGCAGACAGAAUGAAAUUCGAAUUAACAGAACUAUGGGCAAGUAAUAACAACAAUCCCGGACUUAACGAUAGUCCAGAUGGCAUAUGGAACAACAUAAAACAAAACAUUCUGACUAUUUCCAACGCUUUUCUGACACCAACAACAACAAAGAAAAACAAACCAUGGAUGACCAAUGAGAUACGCUCCCUCAUGGAGGACAGAAGAAUUGCAAAAGUCGAACAACAACAACAAAGAUACACCGAAAUAAAUAAAACUAUUAAACAACAAUGCCAACAAGCUAAAGAGAACUGGGUAAUUGCAGAAUGCCAAGAGGCGGAACGCAUGCAUGCUCUGCACGACUCUGUAAAUUUUCAAAGAAAAGUCAAACAAAUUACUGACAUCACAAAAAAAGCACCAAUACCUGCCCUAAAACACAAUGGGAAAUUGAUUUUAGACCCGGUAGAUCUGUGCAGCACAUGGAAAAGCUAUGCACAAUUAUUAUUUGAAGACCAAAGAGAAGACAGACAACCUCUCAAUUGUGAAGACUGGUCGGGCCCGGAAAUUCUUGAAUCUGAAGUUCAGCAUGCUAUGAAAGUUAUGAAAAAUCGAAAAAGCCCCGGUCAUGACAACGUGCAUGCAGAAGUUCUUAAAAUAUUUGACUCAAAGCAUCUCACAUAUCUAUUCAAUCGAAUAUACGAUACGGGUAAAAUUCCAAACGACUGGCUAAAAUCAACUUUUAUAACAAUUCCCAAAAAGGUAUCUCCAAAAGACUGUAGUGACUACAGACUUAUAAGUCUAAUGCUCUGA